CCUGGUUGUGAUACGGUAAUACAGUUUUGCAAGAUGCUACCCUUAGAGGAAAUUAGGUAAGAUCUGGCAUCUCUCCGUAUUAUUUCUUAAUUGCAUGCGAAUCUACAAUUAUUUUAAAAUAAAAAGUAUGAUUGAAAUAACUAUCAGGAAGCUUAGCCUACUGGGGAUUAAGACAUCGAAAUUGUAGAAGGCUUUAGCAAAGCUAUACUACUGCAAGGAUAGUUCACACUUGAAUUAGCUUGAAACAUUACCUAUCUAUGUCACCUCAGAAAGCAGAAAAUGGACCUUUGUUGGAGUGGGACACUGGAUGGCCAGGGUUUAGCAGAGCCUGCCCAACAAAAAUAGCUUCGAAAUUGACUUUAUUCUCAGGAAGGCUCUUCCUGGACAGUGGCAAACAUAGCCAUAGCAAAUGCUGGCUCACUUUCUGUCAGCCAGCAGCCCUGGUGGAAGAGGGCCUCUUACUCAGUUGUACAGCAAGCUGUCUCCAGGAGCCGGGGCUGGAGAGACAGCCAGUGUGGCUGAGGGUCUGUCUAGCUGCUUCUGCCCCAGGAACAAGGUCUGUCCUUGUACUCACAGCUUCCUUUUCUCUUGCAGACUCCCACUAUUGCUUGGUUCUACUUCCUUUAUCCCGACUGGCCGUCGGACUUAUGCCGGUGCAGUGGAGCCGGUUGGCAGCAAAGCUGUCCUGGUCACAGGCUGUGACUCUGGAUUUGGGUUCUCGUUGGCCAAGCAUCUACAUUCAAAAGGCUUCCUUGUGUUUGCUGGCUGCUUGAUGAAGGACAAAGGCCAUGAUGGGGUCAAGGAGCUGGACAGCCUAAACAGUGACCGAUUGAGAACCGUCCAGCUCAACGUCUGCAGCAGUGAAGAGGUGGAGAAAGUGGUGGAGAUCGUCCGCUCGAGCCUGAAGGACCCUGAGAAAGGGAUGUGGGGCCUCGUUAACAACGCCGGCAUCUCCACGUUCGGGGAGGUGGAGUUCACCAGCAUGGAGACCUACAAGGAGGUGGCAGAAGUGAACCUUUGGGGCACAGUGCGGAUGACGAAAUCCUUUCUCCCCCUCAUCCGAAGGGCCAAAGGCCGCGUGGUCAAUAUGAGCAGCAUGCUGGGCCGCAUGGCCAACCCGGCCCGCUCGCCCUACUGCAUCACCAAGUUCGGGGUGGAGGCUUUCUCGGACUGCCUGCGCUAUGAGAUGCACUCCCUGGGCGUGAAGGUCAGUGUGGUGGAGCCCGGCAACUUCAUCGCUGCCACCAGCCUCUACAGCCCCGAGAGCAUUCAGGCCAUCGCCAAGAAGAUGUGGGACGAGCUGCCUGAGGUUGUGCGCAAGGACUACGGCAAGAAGUACUUUGAUGAAAAGAUCGCCAAGAUGGAGACCUACUGCAGCAGUGGCUCCACAGACACGUCCCCUGUCAUCGAUGCUGUCACACACGCCCUGACCGCCACCACCCCCUACACCCACUACCACCCCAUGGACUACUACUGGUGGCUGCGAAUGCAGAUCAUUACCCACUUGCCUGGAGCCAUCUCCGACAUGAUCUACAUCCGCUGAAGGGUCUCUCUGUGGCCUCUGUCGGGGAUCCCUGGUGGAAGGGGAGGGGAGGGAGGAACCCAUAUAGUCAACUCUUGAUUAUCCACGUGUGGAUUAUCCACCAUUCCAGGAAGACCCAUGACUGGUUUUAACAUUAACCAAAGGGAAUAACCCAACCUGACUUGUUUGCAUAGUGAGUGACUUGGGCCUUCACAAGCAGGGUGUGGAGUGGCAGGCAGGGGCCUCUCAAUCUCAGGGCAAACACGGUGAAUCUGUCUCUCUGGAGAUCAUUUCAUACAGCGAUUUUGAGAAAAGAUCUUUAUAUUAAAAACA